CGUUCCUGUGGGGUUCUCUUCCGGUUCUCCUGCUACGCGCUUUUCCAUUUGCAUGGCGGGGCCGCCAGAAUGCAGCCCAGGUCACAAGCUGGCGGCCAAGCAGAGAUCUUACAAGGAGAAGUAUGCUGAGGUCAUGCACAAGAGGCAAGUGAACAUGUACGAAAGGGCCUGGGACGAAGCAAUCAGACGAGAGAAGGAGAUGUGCAGCAAAGUAGCGAAAGAAGCCCAAGAAGCCAAAGAAGCCAAAGACGCCAAAGAUGUCAAAGAACCAAAAGAGCUGCAAGCCAAUGCCGGCGAGUGGAGUGGAGGAGCAUUCCACACCUUCAUGGUGCCUUACAGCACCUCCUUCGGCCAAGAUCUCUUCCUGGUUGGCUCUUGUGAGGAGUUGGGAUGCUGGGAUGUGAUCCGGAAGGUCCCCAUGGGCUGGACGGAAGGCAACGUUUGGACCGCCAAGGUGUCCAUUCCAAAGGAGAGGGGCGCCGUCGAAUACAAGUACAUCGUCGCGCAGGGCGACCGCGUGACGUGGGAAAGUGGCACAAAUCACGUGCUGGAGGCCUGCGAAGUUGGCCAGCGCCGCGACCGCUGGCAAGGCUGAGAGGUGAUGCCCGAAUGGGCUCUCUCUUUGGGUGAAGCGCGAGGGGGAGGUCCGCGCUGUUAGGCCCCCUUUUCAAGGCCCAUGCCCUCAGAAACGAAAAGGGCCAAAGGAACCUGACUCUGGCAGGCCGCCUCA